GAAUUUGAGUCUGAGACAACUGAGCCUGAUGCAGCAGUCACUGAGACCGCUCCUCCUUGGUUCCCAGAAUUGUGAGCUUCCUUUCCUUCUUCUUCCAAUGGCUUCCUUAGAUCUUUCCUUCUGAACAGACAGACUGACGUUUUCCAGAUGCCGGGGCUGGAGGAAGUCCCAGGAUGGAGCCUGGAUUCCUCCCCCAGUCUUGCUUCUUCAGGAAUGCUUCUAUGUCUGCUCUUGCUGCCUGUUGUCUGGGGGGAGAAGCUCCAACAAGAAGCAGCAUUCAGUCUGAAUGUGCCCGAAACAGUGACCGUUCAGGAGUAUCUGUGUGUACAAAUUCCUUGUAACUUCUCCUUCCAUGGAAAGAACAAACCCAACAACAUCUUUUUCUCUUGGUUUUGGAACAAAAAAAAAUCAACCAACCUAGUGGCCACCAAUAAUUCCCAACGGAACGUAUCUGUAAAUUUUAGAAAUCGUUUCAAGAUUGGAAAUUUCUCGAACCAUAAUUGCUCUCUGAUCAUCAGGAAUGCUCAGAAAUUUGACGCAGGAAAUUAUAUAAUCAGUGUAGACAGAGGAAAAUCAAAACCUGACUUUGAAAAGAAGGUGUUUGUCAAUGUGUCAGAUCUGACACAGAAACCAGAUAUCCAAGUCCCGAAGACCCUGAAAUCUGGGGACCAAGAGACCCUGAUUUGCAAGAUGCCAGAAGUCUGUGUGGAUAGUUCCCACACAUUUCUCUGGAUAGGGUCUGCCCUCUCCUCCCAGAAUCCUGCCGCCAGGAUCCUAACCUCUUCAAAGCUCUCUUUCAUUCCCAAACCCCAGGACCAUGGGACCAACAUCACCUGUCGAGUAACCUUCAAGAGAUCUUGUCUGACUUCAGAGAGGACUGUGCAACUCAGGGUUAUCUAUCCUCCUGAGACUCCAACCAUUCAGGUUCACCAAGGAAAGUGGACAGUCCUAAAGUUUCUGAAAAAUGAGUCAUAUCUGCCAGUCUUGGAAGGGCAGUCCCUGAGUCUGAGCUGUACCACUGACAGUUACCCAGCCGUCUCUCUGAAUUGGACUAAGGGGAAGCAAAUUCUGACCUCCUCUCAGCUUUCAGCGGCUGGGCUUGUGAGCCUGCAACUUCCUCAGGUAGGGCCAGGUGACUCUGGAGAGUACAUUUGCCAGACUGAGGACCCACUGGAAUCCAAGAAGGCAUCCUUGGUGAUCUCCGUGCAGUACCCUCCAAAGGUACUCAACUCUUCUUGUUCCUGGACUGAGGAGGGCUUGCUCUGUACUUGCUCUGUCCAAGCUGAGCCAACUCCUUCCCUGUACUGGUGGUUGGGGGACAACCCCAUCCAGGGAAACAGCAGCAACAACACCUUCCAGAUGGUGUCUACUACUUCAGGGUGCUGGACCAACAGCAGCCUGAGCUUGAGGCAAAAACCAGAUCCUGCCUUCAGCCUCCGCUGUGAAGGGAAAAACCAUCAUGGGACCCAGAGUCUCAGCAUCCUGCUGGUUCCAGACAGAACUACUCCAGACACUGAAAUGAACAUAAAAACAUACAUCCUGGGAAUUUCCUGUGGGGCUUUUGUCAUUGGCUUCUUAUCUUUUUGCCUCCUUAUUUUACUGAAGAUCCGUAAGAGGAAGUCAACAGCGAUGAGGACCAAAGCAUCUAAAACUGAAAUCAAUGUGGGUGAUAAGCAUCUUCCCUCAGAGGCCAUCCCCUUGAAUCCAGAUAGGAUACUGAGAUCAAAACAAGCCCUGAGACCAGUAUCCCACAGAAUAGCAAGCCCCACCUCUGAGGAGGACCCAGAGCUGCAUUAUGCCUGCCUCAGCUUCCAGAACCCGAAAACUCCCAGUCCCCAGCAGUCCACAUAUACUGGCACCGAGUAUGCUGAGAUCAAGUUUUAAGAAUGGGCUUUGUGAGGAAGAACAAGAUGCAUGUAUAGUUACUGAAGGAAAAACCAGGUGUGGUGCGAAUAGAACCUUAUUUUAACCACUCCAUGAGGUUAUUUUUUAAAAACAGAAGACAGAAUAACAUUCUAUAGACUCUCAUAGUUGGGAGGGUUUUAGGAACACAGAAUAUCAGAACUGAAGCACAACUUAAAAUACAGACUUUCUGAGAUGGAAGAGAAGUUAAACACAAAACAUCAGAGAUGGGAGGAACCUUAGAACAUAGUUUCAAGAAUGGAAGGGAAAUUAGGGUGGGAAGCAUCUUAGAACACAGAUUGUCAGAAAUGCAAGGAGCCUUAGAACACAGAAUUUCAGAUUGGGAAGCAACUCGGAAUACAGACUGUCAGGGAUAGAUAGAAACCUUCUUCAAGAGUAAUUUGGACCUACGAAAGAGUUUAGAGGUCAACAAAGUCAAAUUAUUAUCAGGCUGGAAGAUACGACUAUCUAGCCAGCUGUAUGAGUUUAGGCAAAUCUACUACUGUUCUCUAAGUCUCAAUUUUCCCAUCCUUAAGGAGUCAGGUUAGAUAAUCUUUAUGGCUCCUACCAGCUCUGAAGUUCAAUACUCUUUGUUUUUGGGAAGCUUGAGCGGGAGGGGGGGGGGUGUUUCCAAGACAGAUGUACUUUUAAAAACUAACCUUUCAUUGAAAUGUACAUAUAGUUUCAUAAAUAAAAAAUAUGAGAAAAUGAAACAUAAA